UUGCCUUUGGCCAGCAACCAAGCAGCAGCCGACGAUGAAGGUCCUGACGACGACGACGACGCUUCUGCUCGCGAUUACGACGGCGAUGGCCGACGUCUGCCAUGACCAUGCCACCGAGGCCAGCUGCCUGCAGUUCGACUGCGCGUGGUGCAAGUCGGCGGCAGUCAAGAGCUCGUGCUACGACCCGGACGAAGCGAGCCAGCUACCGCCGUCGAUCUUUGAGUGCGCCCGCCCCGCGCCCAAUCAUGGCUGCCAUUUCUUCAACACGGAAUCCGCGUGUCGCCAGAGCAAGGAGGGCGGCAAGCCGUGCUACUGGUGCGAGUCGGCGGCCGUCAAGUCGACGUGCUACAACGAGACCGAGGCCAAGCAACUGCCGCCGGCGAUCUUUCAGUGCGAACAUGGCCGCGCGCCCGUGUUUGCCCAUGGCGUGACGAGCCUCGUCGACGUCACAAACGAUGCCCAAGGACACGAGACAUGGCACGCGUCGGCGGAGGCGGCCACCACCAAAAACGGGGGUCAAUGCCACCUCUUCAAGAACGAGGAGGCGUGCACGAAUGCACAUGCGGCCUGCGCGUGGUGUGCGUCGGCGGCGGUCGCCAGCGCGUGCUACGAAGCCGACGAGGUGAGCAAGCUCCCGCCCGGCGUCUUUGCCUGCAAGACGUCCGAGACGUCGCCGAGCCAUGGGUGCCAUUUCUUCAACACGGAAUCCGCGUGCCGCAAGGGCAAGGAAGGCGACAAGCCGUGCUACUGGUGCAAGUCGGCCGCCGUCGCGUCCACGUGUUACAACGAAGACGAAGCCAAGAAGCUGCCGCCGGCCAUCUUUCAAUGCGAGUCAGGUGGUCCGACCCACUGGGCGCUGACCUCGGUGCCCACGUCCGAGACAAGUCGCCGCCUGCUCUUUUCGCAUUGGAAGGACGCCUUUGACGUCGCGUACGGCCAGCACGAGAACGAGGCAGCGCGCUUCGCCGCCUUUGUCGCCAACGCUGCGCUCGUUGCUACCCACAAUGCACGUGGCGAUCGUCCAUACUCGCUCGCGCUCAACGCCUUUGCCGACUCGACGUGGGCCGAGUUCCAAGCCGACUACCUCGGCGCCACGCCACAAAACUGCUCGGCCACCCAUCGCUCCGUCGUGACGGCGACGACGGAUGUGCCCGCGGCCAUCGACUGGCGCCGCGUCGACGCUGUCUCGCCGGUCAAGAACCAAGGCAAGUGCGGGUCGUGCUGGACCUUUUCGAGCACGGGCUGUCUCGAGAGCCACAACUUGCUCACGCAUGGGAAGCGCAUCCUCCUCUCGGAACAAAAUCUCGUCGACUGCGCCGGUGCCUUCGACAACCACGGCUGCAAUGGCGGUCUCCCGUCGCAUGCGUUCGAGUACAUCAAGUACAAUGGCGGCUUGGACACGGGCGCGACCUACCCCUACCACGCCAAGGACGAAACCUGCAAGUUUGACCCGGCCAACGUUGGCGUCCGCGUCCUCGACGUGGUCAAUGUUACCUCGCGCGACGAGACGCAGCUGAAAACGGCCGUCGGGACCGUGGGCCCUGUCAGCAUCGCGUUUCAAGUGGCGUCCGACUUUCGCUUCUACAAGGACGGCGUGUACGACUCGACCGAGUGCAAGUCGGGCGAAGCCGACGUCAACCAUGCGGUCUUGGCGGUCGGCUACAACACGACCACGUCUGGUGCACCGUACUGGAUUGUGAAAAACAGUUGGUCGGCGACGUGGGGCAUGGACGGCUACUUUCACAUUGCCCGCGACAAGAACAUGUGCGGCCUCGCCGACUGCGCGUCGUACCCGCUUCUCUAA